AUGUCUGCUUCGUUUGUCGUCACUUCCUUGCGGCAAGACGAGGAACACUGGAUCUUGAAGGUGUGCAAAGAAAGCGCUUCUCAGACACCGGCUAAGAGGUCGUCAGCCGAGUCGCACAUCCGUCGCUGCACCGUCUACCUUGUGGGCCUGUUUUUCGUCAAUGUCGAGUCGAAAACCAUUAUCCAAUUGGGCAAGUCAAGCGCUCGCAUGUAUUGCGGCGAGCACUCGGAGUCGCAUGCGCAAAGAAACUGCGAUAUGCGUGCUCUUGGCUAUCCCCAGGGUCAGGCUACUACAGCGCAGCAAGUAGCAGACCCUGAUGAGGCUGAUAUAGAUGCCACUGAAUGCUCAUCGCGUACACGCAUGCAAUGGUCCCAGAACGGCGAUGUUUCCGCUCUUACGCUUCGCAUAGUUCCGACAUGCUUUACAAAGUGCCCAACGCCUCAUCAUCCCGAUAUCGCCCAUGUCGGCUUCUUGUCAGAUUCACUACAGCCUGCAAACAUAUUGAUCUACAAUCGGCUCGGGUCAGACGGCUGGCAACAAGAGAUCUUCUCAGCCGAAUACGAUGUCUUUGCGCAGACCGCAGAAUUUGAUAGCGACGACUAUCCAUACGAGCUGCGCUGCAUGACUGCUGCAGAGGCUAUAGACUCGCAGCGCGAUCCGAUCACUUCUUGCUAUCUCUCGGACAUCGGAAGACCGAGUCCUCUUGUGCAGUGCCAAGGCGAUCAGCCUGAGUUUGCAGACUUCUUCAUUCAAGGACAAGUGGCUUAG